AUGGCUGUGGCACCGGUUGUGAAAGCGAGUUUCUGUUGCCGCCUUCCUUUGAAGCUGUGGAAUCUUUUCUUCCGGGUAGUGGGGCUGUCUGUGUGUUCACCACAUUCUCCCUGCUGUUUUUACGCGAUUAACUUAUCUGGUGUCGAAUCAGCACGUCUGUUAACAGGUCAAUUACCGUUUUUCAGAACCUACCUUGCCUUUAAAGAUGAAGACCAGCUUUCAUACCAACCAGGUGAUAGUGUCUCAAUUUUUGUACAGAAUGACGAAGCGGAUGUGUCGUGGCUUCUAAAACGAAUGAAUGGCGAUUUUACGCCCGAUCAGAUGAUAAUGCUCAAGCAGGGUUCCUGUCGGAGGGCUCCUUCAAUAGCCCUCCCGUUAGAGACGCCCGUUACUCCAAGGCUCCUUUUGCGGCAUUAUAUAGAAAUUCAUUCGACCGCCUCAAGAAAGACAACCCGAAUUCUUGCCGGCUUCUGCGCCAACGAGGAAGAAAAAGCUCUCCUCCUCAGAUUAAGUGGUCGUGAAGGCAUGAAACUUUAUGAUGCUCUAAUAAAAGCAACGUCAGCUACACUAAUGGAUUUGUUGGAAACAUUUCCAAGCUGUCGUCCAAGUUUAGAGGCGGUGCUCGAGUUAGCACCUCCGUUGGCCAGAAGGCCGUAUUCACUUGUCGGUGAAUGCCGCAAAGGGUCUGCCCAGGAAAUAAGCUUCGCGUUUACGAUGAUUGACUUCACAAGGGAGCUUGAAACCAGUCCUAUUUCUGUUGAUGGAGUCACUUUCAAACGAUACAGGCGCCGAACUGGCGUCGCCACCGGACACCUACGUCGGUUAUGGGAUGAGAAACUAAGUACCGGCUCGAGUCCCGGCCUUUUCGUUUCACUUUUUCCAAAUCACAAUGGUUUUUCUCAUCCAUCCAACGUCAGUGAUCCAUUAAUACUUAUAUGUGCUGGCACGGGGGUCGCUCCCUUCAUUGGAUUUUUACAACUUCGACGUCGUUUGAGGGAAUCUGCUCUUGCUGCUGGGGAAUCCUGGCUAAUAUUUGGUUGCCGUGAUCCGAACUUUGACGUUUUGUUCGCUGAUGAAUUGGCUGAUUUUCUGGAAGACGGAACCCUAACACAUCUCUGUCUCUGCUUUUCUCGUUUUACGGGUGACCUACCCAUCUGUCUUCCUGAGAUAAUUCGAUCAAAAGCAUACGUGCCACCGGGGUGCAGAUACGUCCAGGACUGCAUUACUUUUCCGAACAAACCAGCUGUCUCAAUUGACGAUUCCACGUCCAUUUCGAAGAUUUCCGAUCGACUUGCGGACGUCCAUCUUUCCACACCUGCUGUUUCUUCUCCGUCAAGGUUGCUCCAUUUAGUAUGCAACCUGAACGGUCACAUCCGGGUCUGCGGUGACGCCAAGGGCAUGGCCCCAGCUGUAGCAUCCGCCUGGGAAACUGCGUUUGCGUCGUGGCUAGAAUCACAAGAAGCUGCUGAAUUAACCUCAGGCCCAAAGACGGGAGCGGAAUUUCUCGCCCACCUUCGUAAAGAGAGGCGCUACGUAGAAGAUGUUUGGUGGUAG